UUCGUGUGAUCGUUUAUUGCCGUUGUUACGUGACUAUGAUAAUUGAUCUCUGCUGUGUGCUCAGUGGGGAUGCCGCAGCCACACAUCUUGGCAGGUCGUCAAGAGCGAUAAACAGAAAACAAGAACAAGUCUCUUAGGGCAGAUAGCACCUAGUCAGAGGGGACCCUUUUCCCAGAAGUAGCCAGCCAGCUAGGACCCCAGACAGACAAUCCCAGCAUGGGGAACCAGGACGAGACCAGGAAGCUGAACGGCAGCUCCUCGCACCCCGACGGCGCCUCAGCCGUGGCCCCCGAGCAGGCUAAAGAGAGCAUGCAGAUGAAGAAGGAGAUCUCCCUGCUCAACGGAGUCAGCCUCAUCGUGGGCAACAUGAUUGGCUCCGGCAUCUUCGUGUCUCCCAAGGGUGUGCUCAUCUACAGCGCCUCCUACGGCCUGUCGCUGGUCAUCUGGGCCAUCGGUGGAAUAUUCUCAGUGGUCGGCGCUCUGUGUUACGCAGAGCUGGGCACCACCAUCACCAAGUCCGGGGCCAGCUAUGCCUAUAUCCUGGAGUCCUUUGGUCCAUUCAUUGCCUUUAUUCGCCUGUGGACAUCACUGCUCAUCAUUGAGCCCACCAGUCAGGCGGUCAUCGCCAUAACGUUCGCUAACUACCUGGUGCAGCCACUGUUCCCCACGUGUGAGCCACCCUACUCAGCCUCGCGCCUCAUCGCAGCCGCCUGCAUAUGUUUGCUGACGUUCAUCAACUCGGCCUACGUGAAGUGGGGCACCAGGGUGCAGGAUGUCUUCACUUAUGCCAAAGUUCUCGCCCUCAUCGUCAUCAUCAUCACAGGCAUAGUGAAACUAUGCCAAGGAUACACCGUGAACUUUGAGGCGUCGUUCCAGGGCUCUUCUACAGACCCAGGAGACAUUGCCUUGGCCCUGUACUCUGCCCUGUUCUCCUACUCGGGCUGGGACACACUCAACUUUGUUACCGAGGAGAUCAAGGACCCAGAGAGGAACCUGCCCCUGUCCAUUGCCAUCUCCAUGCCCAUUGUCACGAUCAUAUAUAUCAUGACUAACGUGGCUUACUACGCCGUGCUGGACAUGAGUGCCAUCCUCGCCAGUGAUGCCGUGGCUGUGACGUUUGCCGACCACACUCUGGGAGUGAUGAGCUGGACCAUCCCCAUCGCUGUGGCUCUGUCCUGUUAUGGAGGGCUAAACGCAUCUAUUAUCGCCGCAUCCAGGCUGUUCUUCGUGGGUGCUCGUGAAGGUCACCUCCCGGACGCCUUAUCAAUGAUUCAUGCGGAGAGGUAUACACCUGUCCCUGCUCUGCUCUUCAACUGUGCCAUGGCCUUGGUAUACCUGACUGUGGAGGAUGUCUUCCAGCUGAUCAACUACUACAGCUUCAGCUACUGGUUCUUUAUGGGUCUGUCUAUCGCUGGGCAGAUCUACUUGCGCUGGAAGGAACCAGACAGACCCAGACCACUCAAGUUGACCCUGUUGUACCCCAUCAUCUUCUGUUGUUGCACUGUGUUCCUUGUGGCAGUGCCACUCUACAGUGACACCAUCAACUCUCUCAUUGGCAUCGCCAUUGCCAUCUCAGGAGUGCCAAUCUACUUCCUGGGCAUCCACCUGCCCGAGUCCAAACGCCCACCCUACAUUACAAAGUUACUAUGUUCUUUCACACGCUUCACCCAGCUCACCUGUUUCUGUGUGCUCACCGAGAUGGACAUCAGUGAGUAAACCUCACUCCCAACCAUGACACAAGGUUCUCACCAUGUUACCCACCACCCUUUGCAAUUCACAAACAGACUCAUGGGACCAACUCAUGGAAAUUCAUCUCUUUUGCAAAAACAAGGAAAUAUUUAUAAAUUUUACCUGAAUGUCUCACUACUACAUUAGUCUAUAGUUUACAAGUUGGGACACUAUACACACGUUUACACACACAGACAGGAAUAGAGAGGUGACAGUGUGGGACUCCAGUUGCUUUUCACUGUCGCCAACCUGGUGCCUGAUGGUUCAUGUGAAGUUAAGCAUUGGGCCAGGACAGAUCCCAAGGAAAGCCAUGGUCAUCUGACCAGUACUCUAGGACAUCCCCUCCUCCUUAUGUCAUUAUACUACUCAUAGUUUCACUUCUCCCCAUCUCCUGACAUAGCAUUGUCCCCUGCCUGAUGUAUGAGCUGAGGGGGUGAGAUCCACAUCUGGAGCCUGUGGAGGUCUCUCCCUUCUCAGGGGCUGGAGAUCCAUGUAAGAUGGCUAUACAUCUCAUAUCUUGUGAUGGAAUUACCUAGAGAGGUUAGACAAUUUAGUUUUAUGAUCUCAAAGUACACUUUCAUUUUUAGAAUUUGAAUGUGCUGUGCCUGUCAAAAACAUAUACACGGAGUGUACAAAACAUUAGGAACACCUGCUCUUUCCAUGACAUAGGCUGACUAGGUGAAUCCAGGUGAAAUCCACUUCAAUCAGUGUAGAUGGGGGAGACAGACUAAAGAAGGACUUUUAAGCCUUGAGACAAUUGAGACAUGGAUUGUGGCUGUGUGCCAUUUAGAGGGUGAAUGGGAAAGACAAAAUAUUUAAAUGCCCUUGAAUGGGGUAUGGUAGUAGCUGUCCUGCGCACCGGUUUGAGCGUGUCAAGAACUGCAACUCUACUGGGUUUUUCACGCUCAACAGUUUCCCGUGUAUAUCAAGAAUGGUCCACCACCCAAACGACAUCCAUCCAACUUGACACAACUGUGAGAAGCAUUGGAGUCAACAUGGGCCAGCAUCCCUGUGGAAUGCUUUCAACAUCUUGAGGCUGUUCUGAGGGCCAAAGGGGGUGCAACUCAACAUCAGGAUGUCGUUCUUAAUGUUUUGUACACUGCAUAUGCCAAAGGGACAUGUAAACAGACUGAUUUUUAUAAAUAUUAAAAUGUAUUUCUUAAAAGUGAUGCUAAGGUCUGUGUUUUCAUGGAGCUUUUGAGUUAUGGAUGAUUUUUGGAAAAGGGGAACAAAUGACUCCGUCUGCUGCCAUGUUCAGUGUUUUUUCCAGCCCUCUGGAAAACUUCAGUUAUCACGUGCUAAUUUUUCUGUGAAAUGCUGCUUGACCUCAAUAAGGUUAAUGUAUUCAAUUAUGUCAACUAUAUCCACAGUAUUUGUCCAUACGCACACAUUUUCUGUAAUGGGGCUUGACCUAUAUCUAAUUAUACUAUAUUCAUUAACCUGAAAAACCAAUCCCACCCAAACAUUCUCUGUAUUGCUUUGGAAAAUGUGCAACAGCCCCAACUAAAUGCCAUGCAAUCUCAGCAAUGGCAACAUGGUCUUUGGAGGGUUACUCAUGAGGUCAUGUCAGCUUUACCAACAGUUUGGGAUCACUUGAUGGGCUUGUUGGGGCAGCAGCAGUGAAUCAAACACAUGCAAAGGAUAUCCUGGGCCAAUACUCAAUGAAGCCACUGAACUCCAGUAUAUUUUGUUCUGGGGAAUGACAGCUGGCAAACAAGACUGAGCCAACUAACUUCACAAAAUGCCCCAUGGGAGAUUUGAUGGUUAUCUAAUUUGUGUAGUUUUAGCAAUAAAACUUCUUAACCAGU